AUGGCUGCGUCACUAGUGACAGAAGUUCCCCAGUCGGGUUUUGUAUUUGAGAACUGCCAUCGAAAUGCCAAACUUGCAAAACAAGGAGUAAAACUACCAAAACCUUUUAAAACUGGAACAACUAUUGCUGGUAUCAUCUUCAAAGAUGGUGUUGUACUUGGAGCUGAUACAAGAGCUACUGAUGAUACUGUGGUGGCUGAUAAAAAUUGUGCAAAAAUUCACUACAUUGCAGACAACAUCUACUGUUGUGGUGCUGGAACAGCAGCAGAUACAGAGAUGAUCACCCAGAUGAUAGCGUCUCAGCUAGAACUUCAUAAACUGAACACAGGACGAGUGCCCAGAGUGAUUACUGGCAACUGUCUGCUCAAGCAGAUGUUAUUCAAAUAUCAUGGAAUGAUCAAUGCUGCAUUGGUGCUGGGAGGAGUUGAUCCAACUGGAUCCCAUCUUUAUAGUAUCUGGCCCCACGGAUCUACAGAUAAACUUCCAUAUGUUACCAUGGGUUCAGGAAGUUUGGCUGCUAUGGCUGUAUUUGAAGACAGAUAUAAGCAAGAUAUGUCGCGUGAUGAAGCAAUGUCCUUAGUCCGUGAUGCUAUUGAAGCUGGUAUUUUCAAUGAUCUUGGUUCUGGCAGUAAUGUUGAUCUGUGUGUCAUCACCAAAGACAAAGUGGAUUAUAUCCGUCCCUUUAAAGAGUGCAACAAGAAAGGCAAGAGGGAAGGGUCUUACAAGUAUACUCGUGGUACUACUGCAGUACUAACUUCUGAAAUCGUCAAGAUUCCAUUCACUGUCAUUAGAGAGGAUGUCACGGAGGAAUCAAUGGAUACUUCUUGA